AUGCCUUUGCCACGAAGAAAAGUGAGUGAUAUGUGGGAACAUUUUGAUGAGGUGAAUAGUAAAGGUAUCGCUAAGUGUAAGUACUGUUCUUCAAUAAUAAAAACUACAGGCGGAUCUAUGGGAAAUUUGAAAAGGCAUCUUGGUCGUAAACAUCCCACAGUAAAUUUGUCAAUCGAAAGAAAAACUAGCUGUGUCGUGCAAGAAAUUCGGGAUGAUAUUCAGGAUGAAAUUAUCGCAGAGUCAACAGAGGAAAUACCUGGCCCUUCCAAUCCAGUUAAGAAAUCAAUAAAAAAAGACACUCAAUCGAAGUUGGAAGAAUAUGUGUCAAAACCAAUUUCAUCUAAAAAAUCGAGAGCCAUUGACAUCCAACUCUUAAGGAUGGUUGUCAAAGAAUAUCAACCUUUUUCUCUGGUUGACGAUGUGGAAUUUAAAACAUUUGUUUCCAUGUUAAAUUCAGGCUAUUCUCUUCCGACUAGAAAAACGUUGUCAAAUAAUUUGCUUUCACAGUUGUACCUAUCUGAACUUGAAAAGGUUAAGCAAAAAUUAAAAAAUGUUAAUGCUGUUUCUUUGACGACUGAUACUUGGACUUCGUCUACAACUGAGUCUUACCUUUCCGUAACUGCACACUUCUUUGAAAACAAUUUGGAGUUAACAUCGGUUUUGCUGGAAUGCAUCAAAAUGGAAGAUAGACAUACAGGGGAGAAUUAUUCUCGCCAUUUGAAGGAGAUAGUCGGAACUUAUGGCCUCGAAGGUAACAUAGCAGCUUGUACAACUGAUAAUGCUGCAAAUGUGACUUUAGCUGUCCAACUUUGCAAUUGGCGACAUAUUCCUUGCUUUGCCCAUACACUAAAUCUUAUUGUAAAGAAUGCUGUGGAAGAAAUAUCGGAGACUUCUGAUAAAGUUAAAUCUAUAGUUACUUACUUUAAAAAGAGUACUGUAGCAACAUCACAGUUACAAGUUUUUCAAGAACAAAUGGGUCUCCCAAAAUUAAAACUAAAGCAGGAAGUACCCACAAGAUGGAAUAGCUUGUAUGAAAUGUUCUCUCGCAUUUUUGAAAUAAAAAAUGCAGUUAUUAGUGCAUUAGCCGUUUUGGGAACAGAUUAUACUUUGUCUGCCGAUGAUUGGUACAUAAUAGAGAAAGUUAUAGCUAUAUUAAAAAUAUAUUUGGAUGUGACUACAGAGAUUAGUGCUGAGAAAUAUGUUACUAUUUCGAAAAUUAUUCCGAUAGUGAAAAUGAUGAGAAAAAAAAUGAACUCACUCUCCUUUGAGAAUGAACCAGAAAAAAUUAAACAAAUGGUAUUAAAACUUAAAAGUGGACUCAAAGAAAGAUUUAAAAAUAUUGAAGAUAAUGAAUUAUACUGUCAAAGCACAAUUUUGGAUCCACGGUUUAAGAAGUACGGAUUUGUGGACGAGGUUAAAUUUAAACGUGCAUGUGAAUUUAUGAAAAAAAAAUUGCAAUCCUUUAGAAUUUCUGAUGAAAUAGACGAUCAAAAUCAAAUACCUUCAACAUCACAGAAUUCUCAACCUAUUGUUGCAAACAAAGAUUUAUGGGAUGAUUUUGAUGAGGAGGUAAAAACUGUUUGUGCCUAUGAUUAUAACCCUCAAGCAGCUGCCAUAAUUGAAGUCGAUAGAUAUUUGAAGGAGCCUUUGCUUCUUCGAACAAUGGAUCCUCUUAAGUGGUGGAAAGAGCGAAGCAAUAUAUAUCCAAGAUUAUUUCAGUUAGUGAAAAGAAGAUUGUGUUUAGUAGCAACUUCCGUGCCAUCGGAACGCAUUUUUUCUAAAUCUGGCUAUGUAAUAACUGAAAGGAGAAAUAGGAUAACUUCAAAAAAAGUUAGAGAAAUCAUGUUUUUAAACCAUAAUUUGUAA